AUGUUUAGUACUGCGCAACGGUCAUUUCUACACCUCCAGUGACCUGAUUCCCACAGGCGUUAAGGCUCCCAGGAAGUCACAAACAACCUGAACAAGCGGCAGUCAGUUCUGUUUCACCCACGUCACAGGGCCUUUGCAGGCACCAGUUUACACCUUGCCAGUGCCUGGUCCUCCUUGCGUGAGGGCUAGAAGACGGGCUGGCACGACGAGAAGGUGGCCAGGUCCCAAGGAGGAGCACGGCUAUGCUCUGCAUGCCAGCUGCUGUGCUUUCCUGUUGCUGCCAUGCUGGCUCACUCCGCCCCUUUGGAAAGCCACUGCUGAGCACAACAGCCCCCAGCUACCCAUGCAUUAAAUUCAUCAUUCCUCCGCUGCUGGCUGGGUCAGGCAGCUGACAGGCUCUACGGAGGAGGAAAAAUGCACCAGACAGCGCACACCUAGGAAAUGACACGCAGCAGCACGCUUCCAACAUGCAGCAGUGUGACUUCAUAGACCAACACACCAUGGAAAACCAUACCACAGACUUAGGCGACUUGCCACUGACAACAGAAUUUGACUACAGCGAUUCAGCUCCAUGCAUGGGGACUGAGGAAAAGCACUUUGCAGCAAAACUUUUGCCACCGCUUUAUUCUUUGGUGGUGAUAUUUGGCCUCACAGGCAACAUGCUCGUUGUCCUCAUCCUGGUAAAAUACAAGAGAUUGAAGAGUAUGACUGACAUCUACCUGCUCAAUUUGGCAAUAUCUGAUUUGCUGUUUAUAUUUUCUCUCCCUUUUUGGGCUUAUUACGCUGUUCAUGACUGGAUUUUUGGGGAGGCGCUGUGUAGAAUUCUCUCAGGUGUCUACCUCCUUGGCUUCUACAGUGGCGUCUUUUUCAUAAUCCUGUUGACCCUGGACAGGUAUCUGGCCAUAGUGCAUGCAGUGUUUGCUUUAAAAGCUAGGACAGUUACCUACGGCAUCCUCACCAGCGCUGUCACUUGGGCUGUUGCUAUUUUUGCUUCUGUUCCUGGGAUAAUAUUUCACAAAACUCAAAAGGAAAAUUCACAUUAUACUUGCAGUGCUCAUUAUCCAUCAGAGCAGAGAAAUGUAUGGAAGCAAUUCCUGACAUUAAAAAUGAACAUCCUGGGACUUCUUAUUCCAAUGUUAAUUAUGAUGUGCAGCUACACACAAAUUAUAAAGACAUUACUGCAGUGUAGGAAUGAGAAGAAACAUAAAGCAGUCAGACUUAUUUUUAUCAUUAUGAUUGUCUAUUUUUUUUUCUGGGCACCAUACAACAUUUGCAUUCUUUUGCGUGAUUUUCAAGGUACAUUUUCCAUUGCUACUUGUGAAGGCAGCAGUCAACUGCACAAAGCAACCCAAGUGACAGAAACAAUAUCAAUGAUCCACUGUUGUAUCAAUCCUGUGAUCUAUGCCUUCGCUGGAGAAAAAUUUAGGAAGUAUCUGCGUAGCUUUUUCCGAAAGCAGAUUGCAUUCCACUUCUCUAAAUACUGUCCCGUUUUCUAUGUUGACACAGCUGAAAGGGCUAGCUCCACCUACACACAAUCUACUGGAGAACAAGAAGUUUCUGCUGCACUGUAAGUUGUGUCUAGUGAAAAAGUGGAAUUGACUUUUGUGAAAUCAAGUCUGUGAUGAAAGCCUGCAGAAUCUGUUGUGGAUAUUGGCUCUAAGGCAGCUGCAAAAGAUCACAGAAUACAUAUUUACCAAGGCCUGUAUUUGCUCAUACAUUUGGGUAUUUGUACAUAAAUGAAAAGGAUGUAUCAAAUUAGCUACCCUGAUAUGCUGACGUGGCAUUCUAUAGGGGAAAAAAAAAGCGUUCUCUUUUUUUGUGAAUGUAAAAGUAUAGUUUUGUACUAUAGGGCCCAAAACCACACAAAGGCUGAGGGCAUAAGCUAGCAGGCUCAUAAACAGGUUUUUUGAAGUGAACUAGAGGUUAGAAAUUGACACUGGUUCUUUGGCAACAGCUCGUGACUGUACCUUACACAAGAUAUCUCACUCAUUUAAACUCAGUCUCAGUCACAUCUUUUACUAGCCUGGUUGUGUAUCUCUGUAAAAAAUGCUAAAUUACUGAGGUCUGUGACACAGAAUCUUUACAAGUGGCAUGGGAAAAUCUUAUACAUUUAGAAGAGACUCUGAAAUUUCAAGUUAUAUUUUCCUUUGUGUAUGGUUGAGUACCAACCUCUUGGAUCUUUCUCAUAAUAGUUUUAACUACUAGGUGUUGGUAUGUAAGUGACUUGAGAGUUUGAUAUUUCAGAAGGCUCUCUUUUAAUCAACUGCUGUUUUAUAUGAUAUUUGUACUAAAAAGCUAAUAUAAUGACUAUUGUUGAUCAGAAAAUCAAUGUGUUUACAGUAUUUUAAAAAUAAAGUAUUGCACAUGGAGCUUUAACCAAGUUAGAUCAAAGGUGGACAACAAGUCAACAGGGUUUUAGCUUUUUAGUGCAGUGAUUUUGCUUGCCAUUUUUCUAGCCUACGUAAGAGAAAAACUUUAAAAUAUGAAAUGAAUGCAGUCGUAAUGGCUGCAAAACCACAACAGCAUUAGAGGUGUGAAAAUGAUUUCUGAACAGGGUUGACCCAGAUGUUUUUAGAGAUAAGCAUAUGCUAUAGACAUUUAAGUUAUCAAAACAUAUGAAUAAGUAAAAAUAUUCACUGUUCUGUAGAGUCAAGGGCAUAGAGCAUCUCUUUUUUUUUUGUUUUAGAAGCAGGUAUCAUUUGGGGGCUAUGACAAUGGUUUUUUUUCUGCCAUUUAGGAGUUUUACAGAAAGCAAAAGCUUCCAUAAUUAGACUGAUGUUCAAAUAUGACUGGGCUUCCCCUUAAAGCUCAGAUCCUGAAAAGCACUUGAAACACAUAGAAAAGACGAAAUAAAUAUGGGGAUACUCCAGUGCUUAAGAUCAUACCAUAAUCACACUAUCAACUGAUUUAGGCCAAGUUGUCCUUUCUAGCAUUUCUUAUAUUUCCCCUAAGAUACAUGGGUUUGGACAACUCUGGACACAAGAAAUUAAAAGUGAAUCUUUUGAUUGCUGUUCUUAUCCAGCAGGGCAAUUUCUGUCUUCCAACUCCUCUAGAUAACCUUUUAAAUAAUAUUUUCAAAGAAGCAAAUGUUUCAAACAGCCCCAAAGAGAUUUUACAUUGCCAAGUGCUUGUGAAAGCAGGACGUGAAAUAGGGAAAUCUUUGCUUAUCAAACCACUUAAGUUAUUCAGUUUUGUCAUAUUAAGCACCACUUUUGGACUACAUCCACAUAGGAAGUAUAACAGAAGUAUACAACACCUUCUAAUUUACAAGAUUUUCAGCUACAUACUCUUUUUUAAGACCCUCUGCAUCAGUUACUUUCUGGACUUUGUAUAUGCUUUUAAAACAGUUAACUAUAUCAGUAUAAGCAAAAAUUGGGUAAUUUCAGCAAAAAAUGACAAAUAUAUGCAUUUAUUUUUUAAAGAGCUAGGAAGCUACAUGCAGUAACUUCUAGACAGGUUGGCUUUUUUUUUCCUUCUCGAAUACCUUUAUCAAAAUAUUUUUGUAUUUCAUUCUGCUUUUGACAAGAGCUUUCAUUUGGCCCCUAAGACACCUUGCCUUUAAGAAGUUACUUUCUCUGGAGGGCUUUGACGCCAGGCAGGUUAUGUAUCUUGACCAGCCCUGCAGGAGCAAACUACAACAACCAAAAGUGCACAAGCAUACUGACAAGCUUUCUGAGAGGCAUGUCAAAAAACAGCCCCGCUCCUUUGCAGUGUUCUCUUCUACAGCAUGGAUAUCUCCAAGCAACAAGCAGCUUUUGAAGGGAAGAGGUGGAACUUAAGAGAUUGGUGGCCCUGUGGAUCACCAGCUUAUCAAGAGUUUCUAUCAAUUCACCAAGAAGGGACCACACUUGAGCAAAUGAGAACAAGCCAGAUUUCAGCUACUGGAGUGAACUGUGAUCCAUGUUCAAGGAGACAAUGGAACACCGUAUUUGGUAGCACUGCUGGUGCAUUCAAUUAAGGACUCUGCCAAUAGAUUGUAACAAUAUGUUGUAUUACACAAUCCAUUAAAGUUGGUUAACUUUU